AUGGAACUUCGGCCUGGACGGUGUGCUCAAGAGGCCCAAGGAAAGACCUUGUUAGAGGCGGAGUUCAAUUCUAUGGUUGAACUAUACAGAACAAGCCCUACGUUUGUCCCAGAGCCUUACGCAUGGGGUAAACUCAGUGUGUCCCACCCUACCACGUAUUACUUCUUGUGCGAAUUCAUCGAUAUGAGCGACAAGAAUCCAGAUCCCGUCCAGCUGGCCACCAAGCUCGUGCAGUUGCACAAAGCAAGCAAUUCUCCUACUGGAAUGUUUGGUUUCCACAUCGAUACGUGCCAGGGCAGUCUUCCUCAGCGGACGGCGUGGAACCCAAGCUGGGUGGACUUUUACAUCCAGCUUGUCAGGGGGGCGAUGGCACUCAACAAAGAAAAAAAUGGCAACUGGGAGAACUUGGAGCAACUUGUCGAUCGACUCAUUACGCAUGUAGUCCCUCAGGUACUAGGACCUUUGGAAGCCGACGGCCGGGUUAUAAAGCCAACUUUGAUCCACGGCAACCUGUGGGAUGGAAAUAUUGGAACCAGCCUUGAAAAUGGGGAGAUUUACAUUUUUGACGCAAGUGUUUACUAUGCACAUCACGAGAUGGAAAUCGCUAUGUGGCGAGCAAGGUUCUGCAAAACCCUGAGUGCGAAAGUUUACCUCAAUUCCUAUCUCAGUCGAAUGGGCGUCAGUAAGCCCGUCGAGCAAUUUGAAGACCGCAACCGGAUCUACAGUGUCUAUAUGACUCUACAUGAAUCAGCUUGCCAUAAUGGUUCGACCUUCCGGGACGAGUGUUAUGAGAACCUCAACUACCUGAUCAACAAAUACGCUCCGCUUGACGAAAAAUGUAGUUAA